AUGGCUCUGAAGUCCCUGGUCCUGUUGUCACUGCUGGUCCUGGUGCUGCUGCUGGUGUGGGUCCAGCCUUCCCUGGGCAAGGAAUCUGCAGCCGCCAAGUUCCGGAGGCAGCACAUGGACUCUGGCAGCUCCUCCAGCGGCAACUCCAACUACUGCAAUCAGAUGAUGAAGCGCCGGAGGAUGACACAUGGACGAUGCAAGCCGGUGAACACCUUUGUGCACGAGUCCCUGGACAAUGUCAAGGCCGUGUGCUCCCAGAAAAACAUCACCUGCAAGAAUGGGCAGCCCAACUGCUACCAGAGCAACUCCACCAUGAACAUCACAGACUGCCGUGAGACAGGCAGCUCUAAGUACCCCAACUGUGCCUACAAGACUAGCCAGAAGCAGAAAUACAUCACCGUGGCUUGUGAGGGAAACCCGUAUGUGCCAGUCCACUUUGAUGGUUCGGUGUUCUUACCUGCCACCCCCCUACCCUCACUGCCAGCUCCACACAAGCACAGGCUUCUCUGGCUUGAGGGCAAUAACUCAAGUUAG